AUUUCCUCCGCGACUGCAGGAGCGGUAACGUCGAUGAAAACAAACGGUCCAUUUUUAUUCACCUGUCUUUUUAUUUUUUUCCCGCAUAUUUGCUUGAAUUUCUUCAUCAGGGCAGAUUUCAUGGCGACUAUGUAUUUAGUUAAAGCGGGGCUGUAGAUAGAGUUUAAUUCAGCCUGGAGCUUUAAAACAGAAUCAUGUGGCAUCUGAACAUAAUUUCUCGAUCAUUUACAAAUAAGUUAUCGAUUUUUAUUUUAUUUUUUAUUGCACUCGAAAGAAUAAGUAAUCGUUUCAAACAGUGUUUAUUUCUUUAAACUUGACAGUUGUGGACAGUUUACCACAGGUUUCUGUACUUGUUUACCUUAUUUGAAGUGCAUGGGUUUGCUUUUUAAUCGUCAUCGGAGUGUACAGCUUGUUUGGCAAUAAGACGUGCAGAUAAAUAUUAUUGUUAAUAUUUAUUAAUUACUGACUUAUUUGUUGCAGAUAACGCUCAGUAUGGCGUUAAAAUCUGGAGAGGAGCGCCUGAAGGAGAUGGAGGCAGAGAUGGCUCUGUUUGAGCAGGAGGUGUUGGGAGGACCUGUGGCACCUACAGUAGUUGAAGCUGUGCCAGUCGCUCUGGCAAUGCCCGCCGUACCCAUCAUCAGGCCCAUCAUUGGUACAAACACCUACAGAGAGGUCCAGCAGAGUUUGGAGGCAAGAGCUGCCACUUUUGUUGGUCCUCCACCUACAUUUGUUGCUAUGCCGGCAAUAGCGCCUCCUCCAAUGAUGCGUCCAGCAUUUGUCCCGCACGUCUUACAAAGACCAGUGGGUCAGAGAAUGCCAGUGAUGCGUGGUCCACCUCCUCAGAGCAUGAUAGCGCCUCCUCUUCCCAGACCUCCACCUCCUCCACCCAUGAUGAUGGCUCCUCCUAUGUCAGGACCCCCUCAGCCCCCCAUGGCUCCUGUUGGACCGCCCAUGGGACCCAUGCCGUUAGUUGGAAGCAUGAACCCUAUGACUUCAGCACCACCACGACCAAUGCCUCAAGACCCUCCAAAGAUCAGUCCCAGUGUUAUACAGGCGGCCCCCACUGUUUACACAGCUCCUCCUGCGCCUAAGAGAGCUGACCUCAAGAGCCAGAAACAAGCACGCAUAGAGGAGUUGUCAGCGUUGGUGGCAGAGCAGCAGGCCGCAGUCAUGGCAGCUGGGCUUCUGGAGUCAAAGAAGGAGUCGCUCACCGAUGACAGCGUGAUUGGGCCGAGCAAGCCGGAGCCUGAGCCUACACAUGUGGAGCCUGCUGAAACUAGCACAGAAGAUAAGAAGAAAGGAAAACAGGAAAAGGUGAAGAAAUGCAUCCGGGUAGCAGCUGGUGUCACAUGGGAGGACACCAGCCUGACAGAGUGGGAUUCAGAUGAUUUCCGGAUAUUUUGUGGAGAUUUGGGGAAUGAGGUGAAUGAUGACAUUCUUGCGAGAACGUUUAGCCGUUAUCCAUCCUUCCUGAAGGCGAAGGUUGUUCGUGAUAAACGCACUGGGAAAACAAAGGGUUAUGGCUUUGUGAGCUUUAAAGAUCCAAAUGAUUAUGUGCGUGCCAUGAGAGAAAUGAACGGGAGGUAUGUGGGCAGCAGACCCAUCAAACUGAGAAAGAGUUCAUGGAAGGAUCGUAAUCUGGAGGUCGUGCGCAAAAAACAGAAGGAGAAAAAGAAGUUGGGACUGAGAUAAUCCAUCUGUACUGAAACCGUGUACUUGAUUUGUUUGUUUGUGUGUGUGUGUCACCCAGGACCUGUAUAAUGGAGUAGGAAUCACUCACACUUCUGCAAUAGUUGCAAAUAAACAAACGGAAGCUUCUUAAAUGCCCCCUAUUACUAUUAAAUCUACAUAUAUUUCCAUGGGUAGUAUUACACACUGACCUCUCCCUCUCUUAGCAUGCUGAAAAAUCAUGCAAAUUCUUUCACUUGUCGAAAAAUGUUUCCAUGUAUAAAGUGUGUUAAUGAAACUGGUUUGGGUGUUGAUAAUAUCGGUUUCAAUUAUUUAUAUUU